AUGUUUUGGACAAGAGCACUUUUGAAACAUUUGGUUCCCCAGGUUAUGUUUGUAAUAUCUUAUACCCAUGGUCUAGAAAAUUUAGGUUUUCGAAGGCCUACAUGGCAGCAAUACCCCUGGCCGUUCCCAGAAAUAGAUUUUGGCAGUGACAACGCGGUAGAUGGGAUUUAUACUGAUCGUGGACAAAGUGGCCAGUGUGCAAUCAGAGACAACAAUCAGACCACGGCUAUGUGGAGAGUAGACCUGGGGAGUAUAGUCAGCAUUAGCCAUAUUGACAUCUACUACAGGACAGACAAUUUCCGAAGACCAUCAUCUUACACAUCUAGAAUGGCAGGAUUUUUUCUGUAUGUUUCGAACACGACUUCCAAAACAGACGGCUAUCUUUGUUUCCACGAGAUACAAAUUGUAGCGGGCACGCCAUCAGAAGACCAGAGAAUCAACUGUUCUGUUCACGGACGUUACGUUAUCUACUACAACGAACGCAGACCGGAUGUAGAUUAUCCUAGUUACUAUUCGGGCUUUGCAUACAGUGAACUGUGUGAAGUAGAAGUUUAUGGGUGUCGGAUAAACGCAUAUUUUGGACAGAACUGUUCACGGCCUUGUCCUAUAAACUGUCAGGUGAGAAGGUGCGACAUCAACACGGGACACUGCCUUGGCUGUGUCCCUGGAUACAAGGGUCAUCGAUGUGAGCAAGUUUGUGAUGAAAUGACCUAUGGUUUGGAGUGUGCUCUGUCCUGUGGUAAUUGUAGCGAUGGAAAAACGUGUCACCACGUCAACGGCACCUGUUGGAGCGACUGUGAUACAGGGGUACACGGUGACAGAUGUCAACAUAAGUGCCGAUUUGGACAUUACGGCAGAAACUGUAUGAACACAUGCAGUAAAAGCUGCAUUGUGACCAAUAAAUGUAACAGGAUGACCGGUGUGUGUGAUGGAGGAUGUAAGCCUGGCUGGGCGGGAAUCACAUGUGAUCAGAGAAACGACAGAGACUGUGAAUCCUGCAGUGCUAAGGUUGCAAUCGGCGUUGUUGUUGCAGUAAUUAUCGUCUUAAUAGGAAGUAUUAUCAACGUAGUCAUUUUGAAAAGAAAUCAUGAGCAAGUGACACAGAAAAGAAAUCAGAAAAGUAAUCCAGCAGCCAAAUCAAAAGGUGUAUCUGACGAUUCAAUGAAACAGUACUCUGAAGGUGCAGAGCAUAGCAAAUCGGACAAUAACAUGUAUGAAGAACUCAGCAGGGUUUAACAUUAUCUAUUUAAAUGACUUAUAUUUACAUCUACAAAGCAUAAUUUCCUCUAUUUCUUACGGAAUCUUAUAGUUAAUUCAUAGCUCUAUAGAAACAGCCAGACUGAAAUCUACACGCCCUUUUUAUCGAUUGGUCGAAAUCUACAGCGGCUGAAAGUGACAGGACUGAAAUUGACACGCCCUGUUUAUCGAUUGGUCUGAACAUACAUCGACCUUAGUAAAAUCCCGGAUUGCACGAAAUAAUCAUGACGAUGCCAGACUCAAAGUCUCACAGGAGACGAUUUGGCUAUUUCUUUUAGCUAACGUACUUUUGUACGUUAACAGUAAUUUAGUGAAUUUUACUAACUUUUCAUAAUCAGUUUAUUAAUAAGUUAAAGAAAGAUGUUAAUAUUAACAAUAAAAUGCUUUCUUUGAUGAUUC